AUGAUGUUGCCCACUCUUGCCAGCACCUUGCUCUUCUCACUCUCGCUUCUCGCUCCUGUCAUGGGAGGAGUUGUCACCCAGAAGUCGGAGUCCAACAGCUGCCCCGUCCGCUAUGGCUUCCUCCUCCCGCGAGCCUUCGACGUCAUGGACGUCUUCGCGCCGCUCGACAUCCUGCAGGCCCUUUCCCGGCAGACGCACCUCGAGCUGGCCAUGCUAGGACGCACGCGCGAGCCCGUGAGCACGGCGCCGGUCAGCGCGGCCAUGAACCGCUUCAACUCGUCCUUCUUCCCGACCAUCGUGCCCACGCACACCUACGACGACGACCCGCCGCUCGACGUGCUGAUCGUCCCCGGCGGCGCCGCCGCCCGCAGCCCGGACCUGGGACCCGAGCUCGUCUACAUCCGCAGGGUGUUUCCCAAGCUGCAGUACCUGAUCACCAUCUGCACCGGCGCCGGCAUCGCCGCCCAGUCGGGCGUACUGGACGGCCACCGCGCGACCACCAACAAGGCUGCCUGGUCGACCAUUACGCCGAUGGGGCCCAACGUGAAGUGGGUCUCGCCGGCCCGCUGGGUCGAGGACGGCAAAGUUUGGACGUCCUCAGGGGUCACGGCCGGCUUGGACCUCACUUUCGCGUUCGUCAGGGCCAAGUACGAGAACGGCACGGCGAUCGCCGAGGCCGUGGCCGGCACUAUGGAGCACGUCAUGGACAUGGACUGGCGCGACGACAAGGGCUUCGGGGCCAAGUACCAUGUACCGGUGCAGAACUAG